AUGACACUCGAAGGAAACAGAAGCGAUUCAGACCUACUCGAGGAGGUUAAUUCGAAAAUUACGUCAUCGUUGACGCCAGUGACCGUGUAUCUCAGCGUGUUGAUGUUCUUUGGUCUCCUUGGUAACAUUCUCGUCUGCUAUUACUACGGGUGUAAGACAGGACGUUCCAGCCACGCGGUGUUUAUUUGCACCGUUGCCGUGUUCGACUUGAUAAGUUGUGGCGUGUCUAUUCCGAUCGAAAUCGUGGACAUAACUUUUUUCUACACUUUCAGAAACGGUGGAUUGUGUAAAUUUCUACGUUUUAUUAACUACAUUGUUACAACAGGAAGCGCAUUUACACUUCUAGUGAUCUCCGUUGAUCGUUUUAGGCGUGUAUGUCGACCUUUUAAGAAACAGCUUAAUCUUAAAAAGUCAAAGAUCAUGUGUGGUAUAUCAGUCGUAGUUGCUCUUGUAUACUCAUGGCCGGCUUUAGUCUUUUACACCUCUGUGAACGUGAAUUUGACAGCGUCAAAUGGUAAAAACAUAACUGGGUUUGACUGUACAACCACUAAGGACAGCGACUAUGCAACCUAUUUCUGGAUUUUCAAUGGAGUGUAUUUAGUUACCUUUCUUGUUAGCACGACCAUUCUGUGUGUAAUGUAUUCAUUCGUGGGAAGGUCUAUUUUAGGACAUAAGAGAAACAGUCAGCUCUAUUCUAGACCUAUUUCUAAAGUGCGCGGUUUAAAUUACACCGACAGUGACACAACACAGACAAAGAAGGGUAACCAAAGGACACACGGACGUAUAGAGGAAUUGGUCCCUCCGGAAAACAGCAACAUUGAUCAGGCUAAUAACCCAGGCGAUGCGAGUAAAAAUGUUGAAUUUAACAGGGAUCUUAACGAACAACAAUCAGGAGACAGCAACACACGACGGAGAAAAUCAUUAGAGAUAAAAUCAACGAAGUACACAAUGAUCAUGAUAGUUAUAACAGCAAUAUUCAUAAUCAGCUUUUUGCCACAUUUGGUAUUAAUUAUUCUAGAUGAAUUCUUGACGUUUCACAAAACCACCGGAAGUCAGGUCGCCUUUCAGUUUGGUGUGAGGUCGUACUUUCUUAAUUCCGCGAUAAACCCACUGGUCUAUGGAUUCUUCAACCCGAAAUUCAGACUUUUCUACAGCUCCAAACUGUGUCGAUGUUUUCAAUACCAGAUGCCCGCUGGAGGUAUAUCGACAAGUUCGGGCGCGACAUAAGACGAUAUGGCAUUUGCUUAUGAUACGCUCAUUUAACUGUUAGAAAUUAUAAAUCAGUUGUGUUUUGA